GCGAUAAGCCCUUGGCUCUUCGCGUUCGAGAGGCUUCUCCUCCUCUCUCUCUUCUUCUCCGAAACCCUAACCCUAGAAACUAUGUCGCACUUCGGAAGGUCGGGCCCCCCCGAUAUCAAGGAUACGUAUUCCCUCCUCGUCCUCAACAUCAGCUUCCGUACCACGGCGGAUGAUCUAUUCCCCCUCUUUGAUCGGUACGGCAAGGUGGUGGACGUGUUCAUCCCCAGAGAUCGCAGGACUGGGGAAUCGCGUGGUUUUGCGUUCGUGAGGUAUAAAUAUGCUGAUGAGGCUCAGAAGGCAGUGGAAAGGCUUGAUGGCCGCAAUGUGGACGGUCGCAACAUUAUGGUGCAGUUUGCGAAAUAUGGCCCAAAUGCUGAACGGAUUCACAAAGGAAGAAUUGUGGAAGUAGUCCCGAAGACAAGGGGCAGGUCAAGAAGCCGUAGCCCUAGGCGAGGAUAUAGAGAUGAUUAUCGAGACAGAGACUAUGGAAGACGAGGCCGUAGUAGAAGCAGGGGAAGAUCUGAGCGUGACAGGCAUCACGAUAGGGAUAGGGAUUCUCGUCGAAGCAGAAGCCGCAGUUUGAGCUCUGAUUAUGAUAGAGGCCGUGGCAGAGGGAAGGCGGAUGACGAUCGACGGAGAAGCAGGAGUCGCUCAUAUGAUAGUGCCUCACCUGCUCGGCGUAGCUAUAGUCCACGCAGAAGCCACUCAUAUGACAGUGCCUCACCUGUUCGGCGUAGCGUUAGUCCUCGUAGGAGCACUUCACCUAAAAGGACACCUCCGCGCGAAGAGAGCCCUGAGAAAGCUAUGAAUGGGGAACGCUCGCCUCGUUCACAGAGUGCUUCUCCAAGAGGACGCCGUGCAGACUCUCGGAGUCCACGUAGCUCUGAUGAGGACUGAGGAAAUCUUCAACUUGAGCCAUCCAUCUUAUAUCUCUAGUAUUGUCAGUGAGCUUAAUGAAGUGUGGUCAGUUUGAUAGCUUUGGACUGUUUUUCCAAUGUCAUAAGUUGCACUUUCUUGGACUUACUGUUCUCUGGACUAUCUGUUCGUGAGAUCGGUGUUGCACCUAGCUGGUGAGAUGAUUUCAUAAGGACUUGUCCAUGCUGAUGACCGUGUAGCUGAUUCUCUUUAACUCAUGCUGAUGCUUGCGUUGGUGGUGUGGUGAUGAUUUGAGGAGGAGGAUGAUGGUGGUGGUGAUGAUGAUGAUGAUGAUGAUGAUGAUGAUGAUGAUAUUGUUUAAUCAAGUUUUUAGUCCGUGAUGAUGUUGAAAUCAGCGUGAGGACAGGUGCUGUUUCAGCCCCUUAGGCAAGAUCCAUCGAAAUGAUGGUUAGCUUACUCCACUAUUCUAAUGCUUGGAGUAGUGCUAGCCAUUCGUGAGCGUCAUGCACUCCCACUUGCUGUUGCACCAUCAUCACCCCAUCUUUUGCCAUAUGAUGCUGUUAUUGUAGCUGUUUUUGUGAAUGACAUUGUUGGGGCGUGCAAUAACAAGCUUUGACUACAUGCUCUAGGAAUUUUCAGGUGGUCGGGACAAGCUAAGUACUUGGUUACACAUACCUUGAUACAUUAUCAUAUUUGUUGCAUAAUGACUUCUUUUUUCCUUUUGUUGAUCCUAUUGUGCCAUGGUAUGUAGCGAUUGGCUCGUGACUGUAGCUGUGAAGCUUCAGUGAUGGAAGUUCUUGUAGAUACUACCUGUUGGGUCGUGGGAGAAAAGUACGUCCUGUGGCUCGUGAUUGUAGCUGCAGCUAGCAGUGAUUGCGUGUUGAUUGUGAGACUGUUGCUGUGCCUGUAGCUGCAGAUGCCUACAUGAUUAUAAUCUAGUUCUUGUUGCUUAGUCUGGUAUUAUUUUUCCUCUCCUGUGGAUUUUGACCAUUGUAGCAUUAUUAGAUUAGGUAUAUAUUGGGGAUUUUUAGCUGAUCCUUGAAUAUGAUUUCGGCAGAUACUAUGAUGCUCUUAGGCAACCCUUUUUGUGGACAACUUGCAUUUUAGACUAGUUUAUAUUUUGUCCGAGGCUUGUGGCUGUCCAAAUCUCAUUUGAACCUUUUACUUAUAUAAACUACUUAACAAACUGAUGCAAGAUCGAUCGUGAAGUAUAUUUAAUCAUUGAUUUCUAAUUCUUAGCUUU